AUGACGACAGAAAACCAAGCUAAUAUCUCAGUUCCUAUGUCACACAAAAGCCUGCAGCUGUCAUUCUCCUCUCAACGUCAUUGCAGCAACUACUCGCCAUCCCCGUCAGCUGGUUCCCACGGUAGCCCUUGCACCGCGAGUGGCAUAGACAUCAGCUGCCCCACUGAUAAUGACGUCCUGGCAAGUGCUCCUGUGGAUAACUCGUAUAGCACCAGUUUACCAUGCAGUAAUGCAUUCUGUGGCAUGAGCAUGAAGUGGAAUGGAACCAUUAUUCCUGCUCCUGUUAAUGACAGUAUGAGUUCCAUCAGUGAAAGUUUGAGUCCGAUGUGCAACCAAGAAACUAGUUCAGACAACAGCUUGAAUCCUUGUACUAGUGCACAAUCCAGCAGUGAAUGUGCAGGGAUGUUCCCAGAUUGUCCCAGGAGGAACAGCCAACACACAGGAUCCUCUGAGAGUGACUGCUGCUUCUUGAGUUCUGGAGAAAUGAUACUAAGAAGCGACAGUUUUUGUCUGGAAGAUCAGUCAGUUCUUGUAAUCUCCUCUCUUGAGGAGUCACCAAUCUCCUCAGAUGUGGGUCAUCCAGCAUUAACCUCUAAUUCUAACUUGCCAAGUUCUCUGUGUGAUAUUUACAGCAGGUUUCAGGAGCAAAACCCAGUAGAGAGAGUCAUGGGUUGUAGCACAGGCCAUCCAUGCCUCGGCGUUACUUUCACUCAGGCAUUUAACUGGGAGCAUUCCACUGCGGAAAAUGAUACACGGACAUCCAAAUCUCUUGUGGCUCUGCCAAGUAAGAAUGAAGGUGGCCUUUUCACUACCUUUGUGUGUGACCCUUUCACAGAUUGUGAAAAAGAGGCUCAGUCUGCUAAUCCUGAAGCAAAAUUUUGUAAUUCCAUUGAAGCAUUUACACCACAGCAAGGCAAGACCAGUGUGUCCACUUCCACAGCAAUGGAGAAAAAUGUUAAGGAUAUUCAUACUUCCAUCCCAGUACAGUAUCCUAUACAGAAGAAUAUGGAUGAUGGCACCGGUCAACCAGGCAACUGCAAUGCUUCCAGUCAGCCAUCCAACUUGCAGCAUCCUACUGAGGAUAAUUCUAUGUCAACAUCUAACUCUCUUGUACCCCAGCUAAGUGAAAACGACAGAGGUCUAUUUACCACAUUUGUAUGUGACACAUCCAUAGAGUGUGAAAAAGAGACUCAAACUGCUUGUGCUAAAGACUUGUCAAAAUUCAAUGGAGUAUGUACACCACAACCCAAGAGUAGUAUGUCCACUCCCUCUGCGAUGCAGAAGCCUGUUAAGGAUUUCAAUACUUCCACCCCAGUAGAAAACAGUGGGAAGAAGAUACUCAACUUGCCAUCCUUCUCAGAAUCUCCCUGCAGUGGAAAUGUGCCCUGCAGAGAUCUGCAUCCCAUUGAACAACUCUCUUUAACGCCCAAAAAAUUGUGCAGAAGCAUCAGAAAAAUGGAGAUUAAGAGGUUUCCUAAGUCAGACUUCAGUAACGUAAAGCCUAAGGUCGUAACGAGAACUUUACAUCAAGUUGACACUCAUAGGAACAGCACUGAACCUUGUCAAAGACGAUCAGUGAAUACUCCUGCAAAAGUGACAAGUAAUACUGCUGUUGCAUCUGUGACCACAAAGAUGCACAAAGUUUACAGUGGUCAGAAACCACUGAAAGCAGGAGAUGCUUGCGCAGUUGUACAAUCAUAUCAGUCAUCUGCUGCUCAGAAUCCAGUUAGUCCUCUUACUAAGGAUGAGCAGCACCAGAAUAGAACAUUUCUGUCCCAUCAUGUUUCUGCUGCAGGUGAACAUGUUUCAGCUGUCCAGAACAGUCAUGCCAGCCCUAAAAUGGAGUGUACAGCCGCGUCACAGCAUGAUGCCAACCGGACUUUCGACUUCUCAACAGAAUGUCCCCCUGAUAUGAAUGACCAAGUACAAUCCAAACCUGUGCCACAAAAAGGCAUGGCUAAUAAUACUGGGAUUCAGCUAGGCCUGACUUCAAAUAACAACAAGCCUGCUCUCCACAAGUCACAACCUCGUUGCUCAUCAAAGAGUUCGUUAUGGAGAAUAUCCAAGGAGAAGAGAACUAACUCUGUCUUAACAUGCACCAGUCAUAAGGUUGACACGGACAAGGGCCAGAACAGCACUGGGAACUCGAGCUGCAUUUCUCGCAAUAGACGGGGCAUUCAGCCCGAAGCUACUAUUGGACCUCCUAUGAAAUCUGCUGGAGAUGUCAGUAAGACCGCCUUACUGGCAGACACCUGCAAAACAAAAACAAUGGGAACUACAGUUGGUGGGAAUAAGGACAGAGUUGAAGUUAUGCAUUCUCCAAGACGAAUGAAAACGUCCAAAAUUCCAAUUCCCAGUCCCAGAACAGCAACAUUAUCAACCAGACAGAGCUCAGGAACUGAGAAAGAUGAUUCUAGACCCUCUAGAGUCUUUGGUACACCACAGCACAGGCAGAAGACUUGUACAGCGAGCCAGAGGAUGCAGGAUACAGAUGUGCUAUCCCUUGGACCCUUGAAUUCUACAAGUAAGUUGCAACUAAAGAGAUCUCGACUUCCACAGACUCCGGUUUGUCCCGCUCCUAUGGGGUCUCCAGCCACUUUUGCUUCUAGACUGGCAGGCAGUACUCCGAGGCCUUCUAGGAAUCUUCCUGAGGCCAGUGCUGGAACUACACAUGAGGCAACUAGCGAGCAUGAUUGCAGGUUAGCCACGCUGCAGCAACAAGCUAUGCGGCUAGAGGAGGCUAACAACACUUUGCUAGAGAAAGUGGUCGACUUAGAAGCCCGUUCCAGGCGUCAAAACAUCAAAUUUGUGAAUCUGCCGGAGAGUGUGGAGUCUGGGAGGCCAGCUGAUUUUGUGUCCGACCUGCUGCCCACUCUGUUUGGGCGUGACCACUUUCCACGACCUGUUGAAGUGGACAGAGCGCACAGACCCAAUGCAACAGUCAUGGAGGGAGGCAUGAUGAUGGUCAAUGUUGUCUCAAUGCUUGAUGCGUGUUGUUUUACAGCUGACAAGAACAGACUAAAGGGCAACUCCCACCAGCAUCGCAUUGAACAACCAUCCCAACCAAAUGAGAAGAAGGGACCUCCAGAUGGGGUGCUUGCCACACACUGUGAAAAGACAGAGCAGAGGCUCCAGCAGCUGAGGGAAGUUUUGGCAAUCAAUAAUUCCAGAUUUGAAGCCAUCAUCAUUGUUUUGCAUCACAUCCUGAAACAGCAUGAUGAAGCAACAAGGCAGUGCAGAGAGCUGUCCCAAGAGCUGGUCAACCUGCAAGGAGAACUUGUUUCUGCUGUCCGUUCAUCUGAAUGUCUGGAGAAGGAGAAGGAGGAACUGCAUGCUGCUGAGCGGGGUGCACAACAGAAACUGCAGGAGCAGCAUCAUAAGGAUCUGGCCGAGCUGGAGCAGAGACUGCAUGCCUUUUACCAAGCUGAAUGGGACAAGAUCCACCUCACUUUACAGGAGGAGACCAACAAGUGCAAGACACUCAUGGAACAGCAGGUUGGUCAUUUUACCCCUCUUCUGGGCCAUCAUGAAGCUAUGAAGCGGAACCUGGAGAAUAAACACUAGGAACAGCUGCAGUGUGUUAAACAGCAGUAUGAAAAAUUCCACUUGAAGCUCAUAAAAGUCCACAAUCUGGAGCUGCAGUCUUUAAACACAACUUUGAAAGAAGCAGAAGAAGCUCUGACGGGACAGAUCCAAGAGCUGACUUUAGAAAACAAUGCCCUAAUUGAGAAGCUAGCUGCAGAGGAGAACAAGAGGAAAGAGAUGGAAGAUCCCUCCCAAAAGGACACCCACACCCUUUAUCUGAAAAAGGAACUGGAAAGCCUCAAGGUGGUUCUAGACAUCAAAAACGAACAACUGCACCAACAGGAAAAGAAGCUGAUGGAGAUAGAUACACUGACAGAGAAAAACUUGAAGUUGCAACGAAAUCCUUGCCAAGAUCCAACAAGAAACGAGGACCUAAAGGCCCGCAUGCAGAGACAUGCUGCACUGUCAAGACAGCUGUCCACAGAGCAGGUGAUGCUGCAUGAGUGCCUUCAGAAAGAGUCCAAGGUGAACAAACGUUUGUCCAUGGAGAAUGAGGAGCUGCUGUGGAAACUCCAUAAUGGGGACCCAGGUAGUCCUCACAAGGUGUCCCCCAGUUCCCCCUCCUUCAGCCUCCAAUCGCCUCACAGCUCCGCCUUCUCUUCCAGCCCGGCAGUCUCACCCAGAUAAUGACAGCCCCCUGCUUCCAGGAAGCAGCCCCUCUUGUUUGGAAUCGAGCCAUGUUUUAGUUUUUUGUUUUGUCUUUUACGUCAUUCAGGAUGAUCUGACACUUGUGCAAAUUGUGCACAAACUGUCACACACAUAGUUGCACUUAAGAAGCGAGGCCACUGUUAUUUGCCUUUCACACCUGAUUCUGUGGAUGGAGAUAAAGGCAAACUCAGGUCCUCCAUGUUGUUUUUGUCACUUGUGGCUGUUCAGUUAUUAAUAAAGUGUAUUGAACCUGG